ACGCGAGAGCCGGCGAUGGGCCCCGCGGCGGGGCUGGUGGCUUUGCUGGCGGUGCUGGCGCUCCGAGCAGGGGACCCGGCAGGGGCCGCGGCGCGGGGGGACACGUUCUCGGCGCUGACCAGCGUGGCUCGCGCCCUGGCGCCCGAGCGCCGGCUGCUGGGGCUGCUGCGGCGCUACCUGCGCGGGGAGGAGGCGCGGCUGCGCGACCUGACCAGAUUCUAUGACAAGGUGCUUUCUUUGCAUGAGGAUUCGGCAACCCCUGUGUCUAACCCUCUGCUUGCAUUUACUCUCAUCAAACGCCUACAGUCUGACUGGAGGAAUGUGGUACAUAGUCUGGAGGCCAGUGAGAACAUCCGAGCUCUGAAAGAUGGUUAUGAGAAGGUGGAGCAGGACCUCCCAGCCUUUGAGGACGUGGAGGGAGCAGCAAGGGCCCUGAUGCGGCUGCAGGAUGUGUACAUGCUCAACGUGAAGGGCCUGGCCCGGGGCGUCUUCCAAAGAGUUGCUGGCUCUGCUGUCACUGACCUGUACAGCCCCAGGAGGCUCUUCUCCCUCACAGCAGAUGACUGCUUCCAAGUUGGCAAGGUGGCGUAUGACAUGGGGGAUUACUACCAUGCCAUUCCAUGGCUGGAGGAGGCUGUUAGUCUCUUCCGAGGAUCUUAUGGAGAAUGGAAGACAGAGGAUGAGGCAAGUCUAGAGGAUGCCUUGGAUCACUUGGCCUUUGCCUAUUUCCAGGCUGGCAAUGUUUCGUGUGCCCUCAGCCUUUCCCGAGAGUUUCUUCUCUACAGCCCAGAUAAUAAGAGGGUGGCCAGAAAUGUGUUGAAAUAUGAAAGACUUUUGGCAGAGAGCCCCAACCAGGUGGUAGCUGAGGCUGUCAUCCAGAGGCCCAAUGUUCCCCACCUGCAGACCAGAGACACCUACGAGGGGUUAUGUCAGACCCUGGGAUCCCAGCCUAUUCACUACCAGAUCCCUAGCCUUUACUGCUCCUAUGAGACAAACUCAAGCCCCUACCUGCUGCUCCAGCCCAUCCGGAAGGAGGUCAUCCACUUGGAGCCCUAUGUUGUUCUCUACCAUGACUUCAUCAGUGACGUGGAGGCUCAGAAGAUUAGAGGGCUUGCAGAACCGUGGCUACAGAGAUCUGUGGUGGCAUCAGGGGAAAAGCAGUUGCCAGUGGAGUACCGCAUCAGCAAAAGUGCCUGGCUGAAGGACACCGUUGACCCCCUGCUGGUUACCCUUGACCAUCGCAUUGGUGCCCUCACGGGACUUGAUGUCCAGCCUCCCUAUGCAGAGUAUCUCCAGGUGGUGAAUUAUGGAAUUGGCGGUCACUAUGAACCUCACUUUGACCAUGCUACGUCACCAACCAGCCCCCUGUACAGAAUGAAGUCUGGGAACCGAGUUGCAACAUUUAUGAUCUAUCUGAGCUCUGUGGAAGCUGGAGGAGCCACUGCCUUCAUCUAUGCCAACUUUAGCGUGCCUGUGGUCAAGCACUGUUUUGGUGGAAUCUGCAUAGGAGUGGUGAAGGGGAUGGUGACACACUUCAUGCUGGUUGUCCUGUCCUGGUGGGAGAUAAGUGGGUGGCCAACAAGUGGAUACAUGAGUAUGGACAGGAAUUCCGCAGACCCUGCAGCUCAAGCCCUAAAGACUAAAAUGUUGGCAGAGAGAAGCUGGUGGAGUCCUGGGACUUUCCAGAAAAGCCGGAAGCCAAAGGCAAGCCUAGGAGAGGAGAAAGGAGAGCUAUCUUCUGGAGGAAGACCUUGUCAGCAUUGCUUGUUUCUUACAAAAGGAGUGGUCUGUACCAGGGAAUAUCUGAGAAUUCUUCUCAAACCAUCAGUCAGAGUAGAUGGGCAAUACAAAGAAGGGGUUGAGGCCAGAGGGAGAAGUUUUGGGGGCUCAGACACUCUAUGAUGGAAACGGAAUAUAGCAACAGUCCCUGGGGUUUGAUCAAUGGAGUUUUUGCCACUUUGAGCCUUGACCACAGCAGCCCAGAAGUGGCAAUGAGGACACCUGCAGGAGGGGGCUAGCCUAACUCCCAUGGCUUUCUGCCCUUCUCCCCACUGAAUUCUCUUGAAGACUGAGCCGGGACUUUCUCUGUAGGAGUGUACCUCAUAGGAUUU